CUCGGCGGAGGAGGCAGCGAUGGCGGCCGCAGCGUCCAUGGAGGAUUUGCUGGAAGAAGCCACCUGCUCCAUCUGCCUGGAAUAUUUCCAGGACCCCGUGCUCAUCCCGGAGUGCGGCCACAACUUCUGCCGGGGCUGCCUGACCCGCAGUUGGGGGACGUCGGAAUCGGAGGCUUCCUGUCCCCAGUGCAGACAGACCUUCAAGCCCCGCAACGUCCUGCCCAACAGGCAGCUGGCGCGGCUGGUGGAAAUAGCCAGGCGAUGCGGAAGCCCUUGGGGCGAGGACGGAGGGAGCCUCUGCCCGAAGCACCGGGAGCCCCUCAUGCUCUUUUGUAAGGACCACGAGACCCUCAUCUGCGUGGACUGCAUCCAAUUCGAAGAGCACAGGCGACACUGGGUAGUCCGUGCUGAGGAGGCUCUCCAGGAGUACCAGAUCAAGGUUGGGGAUUGCCUGAAGGCUCAGAAGGAGGAGAAAGAAAAAAUAGCUACAUACAAAACAGACACAGAGCAAAGAGUUCAGGAGAUGCUUAAAAAGAGAAAAAAAAUGUAGUGGCUGAAUUCAGAGAACUACAACUCUGGUUAGAAGGACAGGAGAAGCUUCUGUUGGCUAGAAUGGAAGAAACGGAGAAGGAGAUUAUGGCAAUAAAGGAGAAAGUUUUGGCCAAGCACACGGAGGAUCUGUGCUCUCUUGACGAUCUCAUCCAGGAGAUAGAGGAGAAGCAUCAGCAGCCAGCCAGCAAACUCUUACAGGACAUUGGAAGCAUCUUGGAGAAGUACGAAGCGAAGAAAAUAUAUGAGUAUCCGGUGAAUUUACUUGUAGACCCGAUGUGGACAAUCUGGGAUUACAGUGAUCUCGCGGUGCUUCUGAAAAGUGCCAUGAAAAAAUUUAGAGAUACUCUGGAAAGUGGACUUGAACUCCAGGAAGUGGAUGUAAUUCUGGAUCGAUACACAGCCCAUCCCGGCCGCCUUUACAUCUCCGAAGAUGGAAAAAGCGUCAGAGGAAUUAAGCCAGCUAAACAAAUAUAUCCUUCCCCAAACAGCAAGAGAUUUGAACGUUAUCCAUAUGUCCUUGGCUGUCAGAUGUUCUCAACAGGGAGACAUUUCUGGGAAGUUUCUGUAAGGAAUACAAAAGGAUGGCAUGUAGGGGUUACCAACAUGCCAGUGAACGUAACAGAUCUUGAUGAGCAGGCCAGACACUGGCAGGUUUAUAAAUGGAAAAAGAAAUACAUGGCCAUCUCUUCGUCAGUACCCUCUGAACUGGUCCUGACUGAGAAGCCCACGAGGAUCCGCAUCUCUCUCAACUGCGAAGGAGGACAACCGCUCUGCCUUUGA